AUGGUCCUUCUGGCUGCAAAUGCGGCAUCUAGGGGUGCGGGUGCAGGUCCGGGGGUUGUGAUAGUCCCAGCACUGUGUGCACUGUUCUAUGCGGGCCCGGGGGGGUUUAUGCUUGAUUGGUGUGUUCUUGCCGAAGAGCUGGACCCAUUUGGGCACUGUUUGAACUUGAGUUUCUGGGACUGCCAUGACAAGGGUGCCAGACAGCGGAUUCUUAUUUGA